AUGUCGGACCUGCAAAGCUUAAGUCCAUCCAUCGAAUCAGAUCUCUCCACCUUUGUCGACCGUCAAGUUUCCCUGAAUGACAUCUUACAGGGUUACCAGCCUUUGAACUCAGAAGACGACACACCCUUCUUUCUUCAGACUGUUUUCAAGUAUCUACCUGCAGACGGGCAGUUCAACCUGAUCGAAGACUUAUCCAGAUGUCAAAACGACCAGGAGCUUCGACAACAUGCCGAGAGCAUCGACACAGGUCUUCUCCGACCUAUGUUGUCCACCGGCGGUAAAACACCAGCAAUAACUCCCUCUCCUCGUCUCGAACUUGAGGAGUCUGUCGACCACUUGAACACAUUUGAUGUGGAACCUGUGACACGAGUUGACCAACGGCGACUCCGUCAGAACUGUUUAGCUCGUGAUGGUCAUCGAUGUGUCUUAACAAAAUGCUGGGAUAUCAACACUACCCCUCACCCCCCGGAGAACCUAAUGUCGGCAGUAUGGACUAACAUCUUCCGAUGCUUUCCAAGCUUACGUUACCGCCUUAACAUGAUGUUGGGGGAUGUUAACCGUGAAGACAACAUCCUGAUGAUGGUUUCUGUUUUCCAUGAAGACUUCGGAAAGUUCCAUUUUGUCCUUGAGCCAACGACAGUUCAAAACCGAUAUCGACUGAAGAAAUUCCCGACUCGCUCUCAGUUCGUGGUGUACCCAACAGAUGAGUUUAUCACACUUACAAGCAAUGAUCCCCGCUUCGGAGUUGCAAACCCGGAAUUUCUGGCACUCCAUGCUACCAUAGGUAACAUUCUCCACGCUAGUGGACGCGCCGAACUCAUUGAGAACCUCUUGCGAGAUCUUGAUGAUGCUGAUCCCAUUCUAGCGAAAGAUGGUAGCACAGAUGUCAGCAACCUGCUUUCUGUGAGUUGUCUACCGGUUUUAACUUCCCACCACAAUCGAAACCAUGGCGAAACCACCAAGGUCAAGCGAAGACCCGUCAAAGCUCAAAUCGAAGGAACGGAAAACCAAAAGCCGAGAUCGAAUGGCUUGGCCCAUUUGUCACAAUGA